AUGAAUACCACUACUUUGUCAGCCGAUGGGCAGUCUGCCCUUGUUGUGCACCAUUUCGGAGCUCAUGUGACAAGUUGGAAGAAUGCUGCAGGUCGCGAAAUGAUCUAUACCUCGCCGACUGCCAUUUACGAUGGAAGCAAAGCUAUUCGGGGAGGAAUUCCGGUGUGCUUCCCGCAGUUUGCGAAGAAGGGGCCGCUCAGGCAACACGGCUUUGCGAGGAAUAUGAUAUGGUCUCUUGAUCAAGCCUUCGAGCAGAAGAGCGGGGCCGCUGCUCGUCUUGUUCUUGCAGACACAGAUGAGACACGAAACAGCGAAUGGCCGCAUUCAUUCCAACUUGCCCUCAUCAUUACCCUGGCAUCCGAUGGAAACUCUAUUGCUCUCGAUAUGAGCGUGACUAACAAAAAUACGAACGGCGAGGCCUUCAGCUUUACGAUGGCCCUGCACUCUUACUUUACAUGUGAUCCUCAAAUAACUACUCUACAUGGAUUUGACGGACUCUCGUACGAGGACAACACGGAGACAAAUCUGGCAUCAAAAAUCAAGAGCCAGGCAGGCAAAGUUGGUUUCGGAAAGGAAGUAGAUCGUGUAUAUUUUGACGCUCCCGAUCGUAUCGAUCUAUCCACUGCAAAUCUCGCCAUUUACAAGAAGAAUAUGCCAGAGGCAGUCGUUUGGAAUCCACAUGUUGAAAAAGCCGCUGCCUUGUCGGACAUGCCAGAUGAUGGAUGGAAACACUUCCUUUGCAUAGAACCUGCCCGCGUGGCUACUCCGGCUGUCGUCGAACCAAAUAACUUUUGGACAUGUAGCCUCGAGUUGAAGUCAGUCAUAUAG